UGCUGGAACAAAAUGGCUGGCUGCUAGCGCCCAGAGUGAGGGGCAGCCCACACAGAGGCAGAUGGAGCAGUAUGCAAUUUUCUAGCAAGCACACACCCUUUCCCAAGCAGGCACCCAGCUAACAGCUCACUCGGAAGUCCCCUGGAGCCGCUGUGGUAGCAGACAAGAGGACGUAACAUGUCUUUGCUCUGCGUUGGAGUUAAAAAAGCCAAGUUUGACGGGGCCCAAGAGAAGUUCAACACCUAUGUGACGCUGAAGGUGCAGAAUGUCAAGAGCACGACCAUCGCAGUGCGGGGGAACCUGCCCUGCUGGGAGCAGGACUUCAUGUUUGAGAUUAACCGGCUGGACCUGGGGCUGACGGUGGAGGUGUGGAACAAGGGGCUAAUCUGGGACACCAUGGUGGGGACAGUGUGGAUCCCCCUGCAGACCAUCCGGCAGUCCAACGAGGAGGGCCCCGGGGAAUGGCUCACCCUCGACUCCCAGGUCAUCAUGACCGACAACGAGAUCUCUGGCACCAAGGACCCCACCUUCCACCGCAUCCUGCUGGACACCCGCUUCGAGUUACCGCUCGACAUCCCCGAGGAGGAGGCCAGGUACUGGGCGAAGAAGCUGGAGCAGCUGAAUGCUAUGAAGGAUCAGGAUGAUUACGAGUUCCAGGAGGAGCAGGACAAACCGCUCCCCGUGCCCGGCUCCCAGUGCUGCAACUGGAAUUAUUUUGGCUGGGGAGAGCAGCAGAAUGACGACCCCGACAGCACCAUGGACGACCGGGACAGCGACUACCGAAGUGAGACCAGUAAUAGCAUCCCGCCUCCGUACUACACCACGUCCCAGCCCAACGCCUCGGUCCACCAGUAUCCCAUGAGGCACCAGCAGCAGAGCUCCCGCGACUCGUACACGGACUCCGUGCAGAGCUACGAGAUGGACUACUCGGAUCAGCGGCCCAUCAGACGCUACGAUAGCGUCGAUUCUGCCACAAACGGGCGCAGCGACGCUGAGUCCGCCUCCGAGUCGAGCAGGCGGACCAGCCGCCAGUUCUCCCUUGAGAGCAGGCGGUCCCUAGACCUAUCGGAUAGCCCCACCGGGAGCAGCCGCUACGCCUCGUCCGGGGAGCUGAGCCAGGGCAGCUCCCAGCUGAGCGACGACUUCGACCCCGACAACGAGAGCCUGCGGGGCUCGGAGCUGGACGAGCGGGACGGGGACUCCUACCACUCCUGCCACAGCUCCGUCAGCUACCACGACGACUCGCCCCGCUGGGAGGAGGACUUCUACCCCGAGGAGGAGGACGAGGACUACAGCGAGAAUGAGCAGGACUACCCCAAGGUGGAGGCCGAGGUGCCGCGGGACCAGGAGGCGGACGAGGCCAAGCCCCCAGAGCGCGAGCCCUACCCACCGCCGCCGGCGAAGCAACAAGUGCCCCUGCCACAGGUGCCAGCACUGAAGCAGCAGCAGGAGAGGAAGGAAGAGAAGGCAGCGUAUGUCCCGGAGGAAACUCCGGAGAUCCCCCAGGAAAAGCCAGCAGCGGAGGAGCCCCCAGUCCCAGAGAGAGCGCCGGAGCCGGAGCCCCCAAAGCCAGCAGAGGGAGAGCGGGAGGAGGUGGAAGUCCAGGACGCCAAGUCCCGAGCCAAGGCCAACUGGCUAAGAGCAUUCAACAAGGUUUGCAUGCAGCUGCAAGAGACUCCAUCCUCCAUCUUUUCUUUUCUUUUGGUUCCGGAUUCGCCCCCUUGGGGCAUCGAUUCCCCCCCCGCUGCUUCUCUUUUCAGUUGUUCACCACCCUGGCCCUUGUGGCCGCGUCUCCCCUCCCCGCGGGGCAGGGCGGUGGCCCGCAUGCAGGCCCGGGGAGAAGGAUCUGGCGAGGCGAAGUCGCUGUGGUUUAAAGGCGGGCCUGGCGGCGGUCUGAUCAUUAUUGACAGCAUGCCCGACAUACGAAAGAGAAAGCCAAUCCCCUUAGUUAGCGAUUUGGCUAUGUCGUUGGUCCAGUCCAGGAAAGCCGGAAUCACGUCAGCACUAGCAUCAAGCACCUUAAACAACGAAGAGCUAAAAAACCAUGUUUACAAAAAGACCCUUCAAGCCUUAAUCUACCCCAUCUCCUCCACGACCCCCCACAACUUCGAGGUGUGGACCGCCACCACCCCCACGUACUGCUACGAGUGCGAGGGGCUGCUGUGGGGCAUCGCCCGGCAGGGCAUGCGCUGUACGGAGUGCGGGGUGAAGUGCCAUGAGAAGUGCCAAGACCUGCUGAACGCAGACUGCCUACAGAGAGCGGCCGAGAAGAGCUCCAAGCACGGGGCGGAGGACCGGACCCAGAACAUCAUCAUGGUGCUGAAGGACCGCAUGAAGAUCCGGGAGCGGAACAAGCCCGAGAUCUUCGAGCUGAUCCAAGAGAUCUUCGCCGUCUCGAAAGCCACCCACACCCAGCAGAUGAAAGCCGUGAAGCAGAGCGUGCUGGAUGGCACCUCCAAGUGGUCGGCCAAGAUCAGCAUCACAGUUGUCUGUGCCCAGGGCCUGCAGGCAAAGGAUAAGACAGGCUCCAGUGACCCGUAUGUUACUGUCCAGGUUGGAAAGACGAAAAAAAGGACUAAAACGAUCUAUGGAAAUCUAAACCCGGUCUGGGAGGAGAAUUUCCAUUUCGAAUGCCAUAACUCCUCCGAUCGGAUCAAGGUGCGGGUCUGGGACGAGGACGACGAUAUCAAGUCCCGCGUCAAGCAGCGCUUUAAGAGAGAAUCCGAUGACUUUCUGGGCCAGACGAUCAUAGAGGUCCGGACACUGAGCGGGGAGAUGGAUGUCUGGUACAACCUAGACAAGCGGACGGACAAGUCGGCCGUGUCCGGAGCCAUCCGGCUGCACAUCAGCGUGGAGAUCAAGGGAGAGGAGAAGGUGGCACCGUACCAUGUGCAAUACACCUGCCUGCACGAGAACCUCUUCCACUUCGUGACGGACAUACAGAACAAUGGGGUGGUGAAGAUCCCCGAGGCCAAGGGGGACGACGCCUGGAAGGUGUACUUCGACGAGACGGCCCAGGAGAUAGUGGACGAGUUCGCCAUGAGAUACGGGGUGGAGUCCAUCUACCAGGCCAUGACUCACUUUGCCUGCCUGUCCUCCAAAUACAUGUGUCCCGGAGUGCCGGCCGUGAUGAGCACCCUUCUAGCCAACAUCAACGCAUACUAUGCCCACACCACUGCCUCCACCAACGUGUCUGCCUCAGACCGCUUUGCUGCUUCCAAUUUCGGGAAAGAACGUUUCGUCAAGCUGCUGGACCAGCUGCACAACUCGCUCCGGAUUGACCUGUCCAUGUACCGGAACAACUUCCCUGCCAGCAGCCCGGAGAGGCUGCAGGAUCUCAAGUCGACGGUGGAUCUGUUAACUAGCAUCACCUUCUUCCGAAUGAAGGUGCAGGAGCUGCAGAGCCCGCCCCGGGCCAGCCAGGUGGUGAAGGACUGCGUGAAAGCCUGCCUCAACUCCACCUACGAGUACAUCUUCAACAACUGUCACGAGCUGUACAGCCGCGAGUACCAGACUGACCCGACAAAGAAAGGCGAGGUCCCCCCCGAGGAGCAGGGGCCGAGCAUCAAGAACCUGGAUUUCUGGUCCAAACUCAUCACGCUGAUUGUUUCGAUUAUUGAAGAGGAUAAGAACUCCUAUACGCCCUGCCUGAACCAGUUCCCCCAGGAGCUGAACGUGGGUAAGAUCAGCGCCGAGGUGAUGUGGAACCUCUUUGCUCAGGACAUGAAAUAUGCAAUGGAAGAGCAUGACAAGCAUCGCCUGUGUAAAAGUGCUGACUACAUGAACCUGCACUUCAAAGUGAAAUGGCUUUAUAACGAGUAUGUGACCGAGCUCCCUGCCUUCAAGAGCCGUGUCCCCGAAUACCCCGCCUGGUUUGAGCCUUUUGUUAUCCAGUGGCUGGAUGAAAACGAGGAGGUGUCCCGGGAUUUCCUGCAUGGAGCGCUGGAGCGGGACAAGAAGGACGGGUUCCAGCAAACCUCUGAGCACGCUCUCUUCUCCUGCUCCGUGGUGGACGUCUUCUCCCAGCUGAACCAGAGCUUUGAGAUCAUCAAGAAGCUGGAGUGCCCCGACCCGCAGAUCGUCGGGCACUACAUGCGGAGGUUUGCCAAGACCAUCAGCAACGUGCUGCUGCAGUACGCCGAGAUCAUCUCCAAGGAUUUUGCUUUGUACUGCUCCAAGGAGAAGGAGAAAGUGCCCUGUAUCCUGAUGAACAACAUUCAGCAGCUCCGUGUCCAGUUGGAGAAGAUGUUUGAAGCCAUGGGGGGGAAGGAGCUGGACGCCGAGGCCAGCGACAUCCUGAAGGAGCUGCAGGUGAAACUCAACAAUGUCCUGGAUGAGCUCAGCAGAGUUUUUGCCACCAGUUUCCAGCCGCACAUUGAGGACUGCGUGAAGCAGAUGGGCGACAUCCUGAGCCAGGUGAAGGGCACCGGGAACGUCCCCGCCAGCGCCUGCAGCAGCGUCGCUCAGGACGCCGACAACGUCCUGCAGCCCAUCAUGGACCUUCUGGACAGCAACCUGACUCUCUUCGCCAAGAUCUGCGAGAAGACGGUGCUGAAGCGGGUGCUGAAGGAGCUCUGGAAGCUGGUGAUGAACACCAUGGAGAAGACCAUCGUCCUCCCGCCGCUCACCGACCAGACGAUGAUUGGGACGCUCUUGAGAAAACACGGCAAGGGGACAGAGAAGAGCAGGGUGAAGCUGCCCAGUCACACGGAUGGCACCCAGAUGAUCUUCAAUGCGGCCAAGGAGCUGGGGCAGCUGUCCAAACUGAAGGACCACAUGGUGCGUGAGGAGGCCAAGAGCCUGACCCCCAAGCAGUGCGCCGUGGUGGAGCUGGCCCUGGACACCAUCAAGCAAUAUUUCCAUGCGGGAGGAGUGGGGCUGAAGAAAACCUUCCUGGAGAAGAGCCCCGACCUGCAGUCGCUGCGUUACGCCCUGUCUCUGUACACGCAGGCCACCGACCUGCUCAUCAAAACCUUCGUGCAGACCCAGUCGUCUCAGGUCCAUGGUGGAAAAGGUAUUAGGUUUACCCUUAGUGAAGAAAUUUAUCCUGAGAAGGGAGCUGGCGUGGAUGACCCGGUCGGGGAGGUGUCGAUCCACGUGGAGCUCUUCACUCACCCUGGCACCGGGGAACACAAAGUCACUGUCAAAGUCGUGGCGGCUAAUGACCUCAAGUGGCAGACGUCCGGCAUCUUCCGGCCCUUCAUCGAGGUCAACAUCAUCGGGCCCCAUCUCAGCGACAAGAAGAGGAAAUUCGCCACCAAGUCCAAGAACAACAGCUGGGCCCCCAAAUACAAUGAAAGCUUCCAGUUCACCCUGAGCAGUGAGACGGGCCCCGAGUGCUACGAGGUGCAGGUGUGCGUCAAGGACUACUGCUUCGCCCGGGAGGACCGCACGGUGGGCAUCGCUGUGCUACAGCUCAAGGACAUUGUGCAUCGGGGCAGCUGCGCCUGCUGGCUGCCCCUGGGCCGGCGCAUCCACAUGGACGACACGGGCCUCACCGUCCUGCGCAUCCUCUCGCAGCGCAACAACGACGAGGUGGCCAAGGAGUUUGUCAAGCUCAAGUCGGACACGCGCUCGGCCGAGGAAGGCAGCAGUUAAGGGCCUCAGCAGGUGUAGAACAUCCCCAGCACCACCCCCCUCCUGCCCCUUUUCUACAGCAUCCUCCAGCCACGUAAAAGCCAUACAGGUCAUCCACAGCACCCCCCCCACACCAGAUAGGGAAGGGAGCCCCCACCUCCGGGAAGCCCUUGCCACAAGCAGGCUCCUGCUUCCCAGUGCCAAGGAUCGAAGCAGGCACUCUGUGCCCCUCCCUGCAUCCCUGGGCUACAGCUCAAGGGCACUGCUCCAGCUGCCAUGGGGCAGGGAAGAUGCAGCUCCCAGGGAGCGCAAGCUGCCCUCACUGCUGGCAGGGGUGGACUUAGCGCCUCUUCCUGAACCUGUUUCUGUCACGACAGAUGCUGGGGAGGCAGAAGCCGAGGCCUGGAGCUAACCGUGAGGCAGGAGCGUUUGAACAAACAUGAGCCACCCAGUAUGGCCACAAGGUUGGCACAGCGCUGCCCUCAGCUUCCAAGGGGAAGCAAGGCUCGAUCCCAGUCCUUCCAGCCCCCCCACGCUCAUCCCUGAGCUCCAGGAGAAUCACCCUAGCUGGUAGCAGUAUAGGGAGCAUGCCACAUUGGUGAGUAGUUUGAUUCCCUCCAGCAGGAGGCGGCAUCACAUGUCCAAACUGCCCUGUGGUCAUGGCAACCUCAUUCAGCAAUAGAGAUGAGCCAGGCAGGAAUGGGCACAGGGAGGUUGAGCCGGGCUCCCUUCAAGGCGCGUGGCUGCUAAGGCCACACACGGGCCAGCGUCAGCCUGCUCCAGCGGGCGGCUCUGGGAAUCCGCUGCCCCUCACGCCAUAGCGUGCCACAAGCUGUGUCCGCACUAGCCAAGCCCUGGGCAGGUGGCUCAGAGUAGUGUAGACAUACCCUUAGUCUGAGGCCAGGCAGCAGGGCUGGGGCCGAGCUCGUCCACCCAGGCCAGCAGCAGGAGGGUGCUAGCAGGAAAGCAGGGCAGGGGCGAUGUGAACCAGGACCACUGCCAGGUCCCUGCCACGGGGCUGCACACACGUGGGGCGGCGUCACGCUAAGGAACCCGGAUCCCAGCUCUAACCUCCCUCCCCGGCAGGCUCAGAGACCAGCGCAGCUGGGAGGAGGCAGCACCUGCAUUGGGACAGGGAUGUGCAAACCUCAUCUCCCCCCUCCCCGCAGGCAGCCCUUCCUGCGCGGCUGAAGCAGGGUAGCCUCCCUGGGCGAGAAGGCGCAGCAAAGGGGGGACUCAGGGUCGAGGGCCUGUCCUUGCCAUCCUGCGUGGGGGAGCAGGUGAGUAAAUGAACACCGGGUGCCGGCCGGUGGAGGCGAGAGGGAGUGAAAAU